AAUAUUUGGGUCCUUCUACAGUCUGGAAUUUAGUGACGUUUCAGUCAUGGCUUCCAAUCAGCUGAUCCUGUAUAGAGGAAGCAAAAUAAAUAAUGUGUAAAUUAAAGACUUCUAGCUUGCGGUUUUAAAACGUGGAGUUCUUGUAACGGUGCUUUUUUAGAUGCUGUUGUUUCUCUAAAGUCGUCCAUCGCCGUGCUGUAGACCCCCCACUAUGGAUAAGAUCCUGGAAGGCCUGGUGAGCUCCUCCCACCCUGUGCAGGUGAAAAAGGCCAUUGUAAAGAUGGUGGUGGAGGCAGCAGAGAAGGAUAUCACGGAGGAGCAGUGCCAGGCUUUGUACCACCUCGCCACCCGCCUCAUCCUGAGCGAAGAUGCCUUCCAGAGGCAGGUGGGCGCUCAGGUGCUGGAGGCCUACGCCCGCUACCACCGGGGCGAGUUUGAGCGGUUCUUCUGCAAGGACUUCAUCCUCGGCCUGCUGCAGCAAGGCUACGGCCCGCUGGACAGGAAGGACCCGGCCAUCGUCGAUUACAUCCACGGCGGCCUGCGGCUGCUCAUCAGCUGUCCCUCGGUGCUCGAGAUCUUCGGCGUGAUCCAGGUGGAGGUGCUGAGGGUGGUGUGCGAGAGGCCCAGCCCCCCGCUCUGCGCCCGGCUCAGUACCAUGCUCUCUGACUUCGUGCAGUGCAUCCCCAGGGGCAAGUCCGCCGCCCUCUUCUGCCAGCAGCUGGUCAGAACUAUAGGGUACUUCAGCUGCUCCGCCAGCCAGGAGAAGGAGCUGCGCGAGUAUGUCUCUCAAGUGACGAAGGUCAGCACUCUGCUGCAGAGCAUCUGGAAGGCAGAGCCUGCCACGUUGCUGCCUUCGCUUCAGGAGGUUUUUGCCAUCAUUUCAUCAACAGACCCUUUAUAUGAGCCUUCUGUAGCAUUGGCAAGCCUGAUACAGCACAUCCCUCUACAGAUGAUCACAGUUCUUAUUAGGAGCCUGACUACUGACCAGAAUGUAAAAGAUGCCAGUAUGACACAAGCACUCUGCAGAAUGAUCGACUGGCUUUCAUGGCCUCUUGCUCAGCAUGUGGAUACAUGGGUGAUUGCACUGUUGAAGGGACUGGCAGCCGUACAGAAGUUCACUAUUCUCAUAGAUGUCACCCUGCUCAAAAUUGAACUGGUCUUUAACCGUCUCUGGUAUCCAAUAGUGAGGCAAGGAGCCUUGGCUGUUCUCUCACACAUGCUUCUCAGUUUCCAACACUCCCCAGAGGCCUUUCACUUGGUGGUUCCACACAUAGUGCAGCUUGUCAAGUCACUUAAAGCAGACGGCCUUCCCACAAGCAAAGCCUUUCUUUUGCAAUUCACUGAUCUUAUACACUGUAUGAUGUACCAGUACUCUGGAUUUCCUGACCUCUACGACAAUAUCCUGGAAACAAUAAAGGAUCUGCCCAAACCCAGUGAAGAAAAAAUCAAACUCAUUUUGAAUCAAAGUGCCUGGACAUCGCAAACUAAUUCUUUAGCGUCUGGAUUUUUAAGGCUCACUGGGAAAUCAGAAACUGGCAAAACAGGCCUAAUCAACUUGGGAAACACCUGUUAUAUGAAUAGUAUCAUUCAAAGUCUAUUUAUGGCCACAGAUUUUAGACGAUCUGUUUUGUCUCUGAAUCUAAAUGGAUCCAAUACACUAAUGAAGAAACUGCAGCUUCUGUUUGCUUUUUUGGCUCAUACACAGAGGGCAGCAUAUGCUCCCCGCAGUUUUGUAGAGGCUACAAGACCACCAUGGUUCACACCUGGGUCACAGCAGGACUGCUCUGAAUAUCUGCGUUUCCUCUUAGACAGAUUGCAUGAAGAAGAGAAAACCAUGCAGGCUCUGAACCUAGGGAAGCCUCUUCUCGGCUCCAUAGAUGACAGCAAUGGCUUGGCUCUGAAAACCCCAGGGAUGGAUGAUCAUUCUUCUGACGGCUCUUCAGGGGAACAUGGCAAUAAAGAAACGCUAAUUGAAAACAUGUUUGGAGGCAAACUUUCCACUAGUAUACGAUGCAUGCAGUGCAACAGCAUCUCCAACAAGGAAGAGCCAUUCACUGACCUUUCGCUGGCUUUUCGGCCCCUGGGUGAAAACAUUCUUCCGAGAAGCCCUCCUUCAGCCACUAUCUCAGACACAUCGGACACAGGCGCAGAUGCCGGGCAAGGGUUAAACACGACACGUCAGGGUUCAGUGAGCGGAGGCAGUGAAUUUGAGGGCUGCUCGACGGACGCACAAAAGCAAGCCCUGACAGACAGCGAUAAAUUGGCGGCUGACAAACAGGACACUGGAAUUCCCAUUUCUGUGCCAGAUUUAAUCAACUACUUCUUAGCUCCAGAGAUCCUUGACGCAGACAACAAGUACUACUGUGAGAAGUGUGCUUCGCUACAAUGUGCAGAGAAGACUAUGCAAAUAAUUGAAGCACCUGAAUACCUCAUCCUUACGCUCCUGCGCUUUUCCUACGACGCUAAGUGCCAUGUACGUCGGAAAAUCCUGGACAACGUGGUUAUCCCGCUCUUUUUGCAGCUCCCUGUCCGCCACAAGACAGCCGUGCGCACUAGUGCUGUGCCCACGGGAGCAGGCAGCAGCUGCUCCUCCUCACCUCUGCACGUGGACUCCCCCGAGAGUGGGGAAAACCUUGCCAAAAAACUCAAGCCCUCUCGAAAGGAGGACGAGGAGAAGGAAGACCAGGUAAUGUCGUAUUUGCUGAGCUCAGUGGUCAUGCAUUCAGGAAUGUCUUCAGAAAGUGGGCACUACUACUCCUACGGCAGAAAUGUCACGAACACAGACUGCUGCUUGCCUCCAGGUCUCUGCUACCAGGGGGAGGACACUCAGGACUUCACUUUAUCUGGGCUCCAGGAUGACUUGAAUGGCACAGCCAGCUCCGGCUUGCCUUGCACUUCCCUUGCCACACAGGAGGUAGAUGUGGCUCCGACAGCCAAGGACUGGUUUCUCUUCAAUGACAGCCGAGUGACAUUUACAUCCUUCCGGUCCGUGCAGAACGUCACCAGCAGAUUCCCGAAGGACACUGCAUAUAUCCUAAUCUACAGGAAGCAGUAUCUCAAUAAAAGCGGUGAUGGCAGACUCAAGGAUGGUAUGAGAUUAAACGUCGAGCCUCCGCUGCAGAAAGAGCUUAUGGAUGCAAUUACAAAAGACAACAAACUGUUUUUGCAGGAGCAGGAACUGAGCGCCCGCACCCGAGCUCUGCAGGCUGCCUCGGCCUCCUGCUCGUUCCGCCCCAACGGCUCGGACGACAACGACCCCCCGGGGAGCUGUGGGCCCACGGGAGGGGGAGGCGGUGGAGGAGGCUUCAACACCGUCAGCCGGCUCGUCUUCUGAGGCCAAGCCUGAUGUGCGCCGCUGGGCUGGAAGCAUCUGCACGUGGUCCGCAGGGACAGCAGGACAUCGGGCUCGGUCAACCGAGGGGCCUCGAGCUCUCCAUCUGAAAACACACUCAGAAGUCACUACCUCCUGCCAGACAGGCAGCAGAUCCUGCAGGCACCAGUUCCCUUCUUUGUGUGUAACAGGAUCUACUUUUUAAAGAGAGAAAAUUUGGCAUAAUAGGGUUCAUUUUUAAUUUUUGUUUUCUUAACAGGGAAACACUUUACAGUUCACUCGUUGCAAGUCACACAAAGCAAAUAUAAUGCAAUAAUUUUAUACAUAUAAGGAUGCAAUACAGUGUUUUUUUCAAUGAUCAUGAAAAUGGGAUAACUGCCAUAAUUCUGCAUGUAUUAAUAUAAGUUCAUUAAAGUGAACUAACUUUAAACAACAAACAAUGGUGUAAAUAUACUGUUAAUAAAGGUGUUGACUUUAGAUUAUUUCAAUUGAACAGAUUGCAUGCUGAAUGUUUAGAUUUAAAUUUGGGGUAUUAUAUUAGUAUUAAGUUUGUUUAUUUAUAUAAUUGAUUGUUAUUUAAGUUAUUUUCCUAAAUUCAAAAAAAAGAAAAUUGUUCAUAUACACACAAGUUUUAUGUGCCUUUGCAUAACCCAGAUGUGACACCCGAUAUUUCUUUGUGAGAAGAUUGGUGAGGAAAAAGCUGACCGGAACAUGGACCUCAUAGCUUAUGGACAAGAUUUUUUCCCAGUAGUAAAGAUUUAUUUAAAAAAAUCAUGUUUCUCUCUUUCUUCCUUUUUUGGAGUCAACUACUUUGACAUCCAUAAGUGUAAUGUUAGACACUAUUUGCUGGAUUGAUUUAUUAAGGGUCAUCCUUAACAUAGAUUUAAAAAAUCAUGCCACAGUUUCCUUGCACAUCCUGCCAUACUUUCGAUGCAAAUUCACCUGUUACUUGGAACCCGUAAAUACAACGAUUUUAUUAAGUCACAAGUCUUUUAGAAAAACAUUGAUAAAAUCUCUCAUGUAGGCAACUAGAACACUGAUCAAAUCUGUUCUUCUUUGUUGUGCUUCAAAAAGAGUUGUUUUCUACCUAUUUACUCUAUUUGUGUUAAUAAACUAGAAGCCCAUAGUAAUGUCGAUAAAAUACAACUCUUUUUUAUAUUUAAAAAAGCAAAAGAGCUAAGUAUUUGCUACAGAUACAUGUUGGAUGAUAUACAGUAAAACAUUUUGCUUUUUGCAUGUAAAUGAUUAAUUAGGGGAGCUGUUCAGACUGGACCCCUGAGAAUCCUAUUCAGAAAGUUGUCUUUAGCCAAGAUUCACUCACUUUUUAUCACAUCUGUUGAUUUAUUUUUUGGUUUUGUUACUGGCAAGUUUUCCAAGUUAAAAUGUUACACUUCAAUUUUCUAUUCUUUAAAAGUGCUUAGUGUGCAUACCUCAUCGCACUAUCAUCAUAAAUACCAUAGCUGAGAAAAAAAACUAUUAACCAUUACAAACAUUUGGCACGUAUUUUUAUGUCUCGUAUUUCAAGAGCAAGCUCAUGGUCAGUGUGUGGAUGCUGUCGGUUUGAUAGCAAACAGCUCUCAGCUGUGAGUUGCACAAGUGCCCAAAUACUAAUUAAAAGUGAAGUUAAUGUUAAGAUUUUCAUUAAAUACUCCAAUGGCUUAAGUAUGAGGUUACAGCACUAAACAGGAUGGCACAUCAUCAUAGAACAUACAUUAAAGCAUUUUUGGGGGAUUGGCUAUUUUCUGGGAUGAAGGUGAGGAACAUGUUUUCAAGAUCUCUCCAUCAGAGAUGUUAGUGGUGUUCACAGCAUUGCCUCAGGUGAUUUCACUGCAAUUAUCCAGUUACUAUUAGGAUCAAUCCUGGAAAAAAGCAAAUACAUACAUCUCAAAUAUUUCCACUGAUAGUGUCCUCAUUUUUGCAUUUGUUAUGUCACCUAUUUCUGCAUACAGUGUCAAAACAUAUAAUUGAUAUAACCAAAAUGUUAAUUGCAUGGUUUUAAAUAUACUCUAUACCUAAUAUGUUGCCCAAUCACUUUGCUAGAUUAUUCUCACAUGUAUUUUUAAUUUUUCUCUGGGAUAAAUGGAUAUUUUGACAAAUGCAUGCUUUCUUCAAGAUUAGAAAGAAGGAAAUGCUGUACAUCUAAACCACAUAUUUGAAAUAAAAAAAUAAUAAAAUAAUUUUAGCCUUUUUAAAAGAAUUUUAGAUUUAACUUUUUGAAGUUACAAUUCUAUUAGGAGUCAGUAUAGACUUUGACAUUUUCCUGUCAUUUUCAGUUAUAUGAUUGAAGAGGGCUUUCCAGAAACCCUUUUGUUACAGUAACUGCUGUUUGUAACUGUUUUACAGUACAAAAUGCUGAAAAUUCGGCACUUGGCACCCACACUGUACUUGCUAAUGCGUUCAGUAUUUUGUGGACCCAUGCUCUUUAUUUCUGGGCCCUUCAUUUGUCUUUUGGGAAAUGUGCAGUAUUUUAAAGUUUGUGUUAUUUCACUAACAAAAAUGUAAUCACUAAAGUAGGUUUCUUGUAAUGGUAUUAUGAGCUUGAACGUCUGUAAUUU